GCCGCGCCUGCCCGCGCCCGCCCGCCCCGCCCCUGGAUGCCGCUCUGCCCCGGCGCGGCCGCCGCCGAUCGCAGCACAGCAGCCGCCGCCGCCGCCGCGGUUGAUGUGGUUGGCCCGGGGCUGAGGAGGCCGCCAAGAUGCCGCAGUCCAAGUCCCGGAAGAUCGCGAUCCUGGGCUACCGGUCUGUGGGGAAAUCCUCAUUGACGAUUCAGUUUGUUGAAGGCCAAUUUGUUGACUCCUACGACCCAACCAUAGAAAACACUUUCACAAAAUUGAUCACAGUAAAUGGACAAGAAUAUCAUCUUCAGCUUGUUGACACAGCUGGACAAGAUGAAUACUCCAUCUUUCCUCAGACAUACUCCAUAGAUAUUAAUGGUUAUAUUCUUGUGUAUUCUGUUACAUCAAUCAAAAGUUUUGAAGUGAUUAAAGUUAUUCACGGCAAAUUGUUGGACAUGGUGGGGAAAGUGCAAAUACCUAUUAUGCUGGUCGGGAAUAAGAAAGAUCUACACAUGGAAAGGGUGAUCAGUUAUGAAGAAGGGAAAGCAUUAGCAGAGUCUUGGAACGCAGCUUUUUUGGAAUCUUCUGCUAAAGAAAAUCAGACCGCUGUUGACGUUUUUAGAAGGAUAAUUUUGGAGGCAGAAAAAAUCGAUGGGGCCGCGUCACAAGGAAAGUCUUCCUGCUCGGUGAUGUGAUCCCGCCGCGGAGCCCGAGGACCCCGGGAGCCGGUCCUGCCUGCAGACGCAGACCGCCCGCUAUCCUUCAAGAGAAACUCCGCUGCUUUUUCCUUCUGUUAACCUGAAAGAUUUCAUUUGGGUCAGAGCUUUUUCUGGCCCCACCCACCCCCCUUUCAGAUUAUGUUAAACUCUGACUCUGUCCAAAUGAGUUCACUUCCAUUUUCAAAUUUUAAGCAAUCAUAUUUUCAAUUUAUAUAUUGUAUUUCUUAAUAAUAUUAUGACCAAGAAUUUUAUCGGCAUUAAUUUUUCAGUGUAGUUUGUUGUUUAAAAUAAUGUAAUCAUCAAAAUGAUACAUAUUGUUACACUACUAUUAACUAGGCUUCGAUAUAUCAGUGUUUAUUUCAUUGUGUUAAAUGUAUACUUGUAAAUAAAAUAGCUGCAAACCUUA